CAGGAGGAGGAGCAGGAGGAGCAGGUCGAGUUGCAGUCCUCCAGUGUGGAGAUCAUAGAUCCUGAUGGAAGAAUAAAGCCAUCAAAUCCCUUACAGGAGAUGUUUUUCAGGAGGGCCUCUCAGGAAGAUCCAAGCCAGGACACCUCAGAAGAGAAACAUAGAAUGGAUUUUUCCGAUCUUUAUGAUGGAGCUGAAACUGUGGUUGAACCUCCAAACCAAGAGGCUGUUGUGUCCUUCAAGGAAGUAGCUGUGUAUUUCUCUAAGGAGGAGUGGUCUCAGCUGGAUCCUGACCAAAGAGCACUGCAUUGGGAAGUCAUGCUGGAAAAUUACAGGAACGUGGCCUUUCUGGAUAAUAACGGCCAGGGGAACCAGGAUUUCUGUGAACUGUUCCAAGUGAUCAAUGCUGGAAAGGAAAUAGAGGAGCCUGCAAUUCAAAUGCAACUGGAAACCUAUGAGAGAAACCCGUCAGAAAAUUGGAAUUCGGAAAGCUCGUCUUCCAUUGAUGCUCAGAUGCAAAACAUUCUUGUCCCAGGAGACAGAAUAGAUAAAGAAUAUAUUGGGAACUCUGGGAAGCUAAAUGAAGGUGUAUUCGAUGCCAAUGAAGAAUAUCAAAUUAAAGAAGAGGACGAUCUAUUCAGAGAUGAUGGAGAAACUUUGACUUUCACUCUUUCUCAUGAAAAUAUUUCUCUUGCAUCGCAAAAAUGGAGUCACGCAGAGGAGAAGCCGUUUAAAUGUUUGGUAUGUGGAAAAGGCUUCAGAAGAAUCGGCCAUCUUAAUUCCCAUCGCAAGAUCCACACAGGGGAGAAGCCAUACAAAUGCAUGGAGUGCGGGAAGGACUUUAGGGGAAAGCGUGAACUUAUUUCCCAUAAAAGGAUCCACACAGGGGAAAAGCCAUAUAAAUGCAUGGAGUGCGGAGAAACCUUUGCUCAGAGCAGCCAUCUUACAAGUCACAAACGGAUCCACACAGGGGAGAAACCCUACAAAUGCAUGGUGUGUGGAAACGGUUUCACGACAAGCAGUUCUCUUACUCGCCACAAGAGAGUCCACACAGGGGAGAAGCCGUACAACUGCAGGCAGUGUGGAAAGUCUUUUGCUCAAAGCGGAUCCCUUGCUUCCCAUAUUAGGACCCACGCACGAGAGAAGGAGCAUAAAUGCGUGGUAUGCGGAAAGAGCUUUAGCACUAUCAGUUAUCUGAUUUGCCACACCCGUAUCCACAGUGGGGAGAGGCCCUAUAAAUGCAUGGAGUGUGGAAUGACCUUUGUUCAGAGCCGUUAUCUCCUUUCCCAUAAAAGGAAACACACGGGGGAGAAGCCAUAUAAAUGUAUCGAGUGCGGAAAGUGUUUCAGUGAACGCAGUUCCUUUCUUUCCCAUAAGAAGAUUCACACGGGGGAGAAGCCCUUUAAAUGCAUGGAGUGUGGAAAGACCUUUCUGGAAAACCGCUAUCUGAUUUUCCACAAGAGGAAACACACAGGGGAGAAACCCUAUAAGUGCAUGAAGUGUGGAAAGACCUUCACUCGGGUCAGUACCCUGAAUUCCCAUAACAGGAUCCACACAGGGGAAAGACCAUAUAAAUGCAUGGAAUGUGGAAGGGACUUUAGAUGGUACAGUGAGUUUACUGCCCAUAACAGGGUACAUAUGGGAAAAGCUACGUACAUGCAUGCGGUGUGGAAUGAGCUUUGCUCGGAGGAGUACUCUUACCUCACAUAAGACCCACAUGGGAAAAACCAUAUAAUUGCAUGGAAUGUGAAAGGGGCUUUAGAUGGAUUAGUUUUUCAUAAAAGGAUGCUUGCAAAGGGAGGAGCUUUAUGAAUGUAUGGAAUGUGGAAAGAUCUUUGCUCGGAGCAGAUAUGACUUUGCAACAGGAGAUCUAGAUGGACGAAAUCAAAUAAUUUCAUGCAAUGCACAAAUAGCUUUAACUAAGACCAGUCAUCUUACCUGCUGUAAGAGGAACCACAUGGGGGAAGCCAUAUCAAUGCAGGGAAUGUGAGAAGAGCCUGGAUUUGAAGAGUCAUCUAAAAUCACUUGCAAGGAUCUACUUGGGCAAUAAUCCAUAUAAAUGAUAUGUCUCUUUCAGUACACCUGCAUAUCUUGCCUUUCCGGUCCAAACAAGACAAGGAAUCCUAAUUCCUGAUUGCGACUUUUGAGAAGUAGCAAAUUCCAAGGCCGAAAUGAGGAUCAGUGAAGAUACAGGUCAUAUUUCUCAUUAAAGGAGAUGGGAAGGCCUACAGUUGCAUAUGAACAGCCUUUUCUCCUGUGAGCGAUUCGAGGCCUGCUUUGCUAGGGAAUGUCAAGGGUACGACCAAAGCUAAUAGGCAUUGCAUUUCUUUUUUUUUUUUGUUUAGUUUGUAUGGCUGCCUAACUCAACCUAGCGACUCUGAGAAGCUUAGAAGUCUUAACAUUUUAAAACCAUUUAAAAGACGUUAAAAUAAUAAAACACCCACAAAACAUUUACCUGUAACCUUAGAUUAAAUCAAAUAUAUAAUGAU